CCUCGAUCUCUCGAAGGAAAGAAAACUCAUCCUUUUUCCUUGGUGGCGCAAUAACUAUAUUGCGACGCGUCAUGCGUAUAUCUCCUCCAUCGAUCGAUCACUGAUUCAGUCACUAGCUAUCAUCGUGGAACAGCACUCAAGCUUCAUCAGACAUCUCCGACAUAGAAAACGCAUUGAUUUUUUAGUUCAUGUGAGUGUUUGAUUUGAUUCGGCUUCAGCGCCAAGUUGCUGUAUCCAAAUUGGAGUCUCGGGCUGUCUCCACAUGUCUUUGUCUCUCAGAUCCAAAUAAGAGCAUUCUUCCCUCGCACAAAGGCCGGCGCAUUAAAGAACAAUGCUGGGAGAGAGUUUGUACGGAUGCUUCUCCUCCCGCCGCCGCCCUUCCCAUUCCGCCGCCGCUCUCCCGGACGGUUCCUCUGGACGCCUUUUUGAUUCGACCGAUGUCUCAUCCUCCUCGCAGCAUGAGAUUUCCUCCGCCAUCGCCUCCCGCCGCCUCCUGCUGGCGUCUCCGGGCCGGUCCAACUCCCUCGUGGACUCCGCGUCGGUCGCGUUGAGAGCGGGAGACGCGGUGGCCGUCACCACCUACUCGGCCGACCCUUACCGCGACUUCCGCCGCUCGAUGGAGGAGAUGGUGGCGGCGCUGGGACUCGACGCCGGGGCAACACACCUCCACGAGCUCCUCCUCUGCUACCUCGCUCUCAACCGGAAGCAAGUGCACGAGCACAUCCUGAGAGCCUUCGCUGACCUCCUCCUCGCCCUCACCGUCACCGGCGACGCCGACUGACCUCAAACUCAAAGGCUGUUAUAUAUUGCGCUACUGCCAUUAAUAAUAUGCGUUUUUUUUCCCUUCCGUCUUCAUUUUAGAUUUGCGUUUUGAUAUAACGGCCCAUUUUGUACUGAUCUAAAAUUCUAGCAUACACGUUCUUGAUA